GCCCUUGCAGCAUGGCCGCCGGCGCUGCCGCCGCCUUGGCCUUUCUGAGUCAGGAGAGCCGAGCCCGGGCCGGGGGGAUCGGCGGUCUGCGAGUCCCUACCCCAGUCACUAUGGACAGUUUUUUCUUCGGCUGUGAGCUCUCAGGCCACACCCACUCUUUCACCUUCAAGGUAGAGGAAGAGGAUGAUGUGGAGCACGUGCUGGCUUUGACCAUGCUCUGCCUCACCGAGGGGGCCAAAGAUGAGUGUAAUGUGGUAGAAGUCGUGGCCCGGAAUCAUGACCACCAGGAGAUCGCAGUCCCUGUGGCCAACCUCAAGUUGUCCUGCCAACCCAUGCUCAGUUUGGAUGACUUCCAGCUCCAACCACCUGUAACCUUCCGCCUGAAGUCAGGUUCUGGCCCUGUGCGGAUCACUGGGCGGCACCAGAUUGUUACUAUAAGCAAUGAUGUUUCUGAGGAAGAGAGCGAAGAAGAGGGCAAUGAGGAGGAGGAAGCUGAGUUGUGCCCCAUCCUGCCUGCCAAGAAGCAGGGGGGCAGGUUCUAACCCUCCCUGGUCAGCUAGCUGCCUGCCACAUGCACAUGCACCAGGUUCCUGUACAAGUUUCAAGAAUUUUGUGUCUUCUCCAUUGAAGAG